AUGAGUGAGCUCUCAUUGUGGACCCCCACGGGGUCCUUGGGACUCCAAGCAAACAGCAGCUCCCAGGGGGCCCCAGUGGAGGUGCCUGCAGCUGCUUCACAGCCCCGACACAGCCUGAGCAUUCUCCAUGCCUCCUACAGCGUCAGCGAUCAUGUUGGACCCUGGUGGGACCUCACAUCUUGCCGGCAACGUUGGAACAGGCAGAUCCUCAAAGACGUCUCCUUGUACAUCGAGAGUGGACAGAUCAUGUGCAUCUUGGGUAGCUCAGGCUCUGGAAAAACCACAUUGCUGGACGCCAUGUCCGGCAGGCUGCGGCGCACCGGGACCUUGCUGGGGGAGGUGUGCAUGAACGGACGCACACUGCGCAGGGAGCAGUUCCAGGAAUGUUUCUCCUAUGUCCUACAGAGUGACACUCUGCUGAGUAACCUCACCGUGAGGGAGACGCUGCGCUACACCGCGCUGCUGGCCAUCCGCAGAGGUUCCCGGGACUUCUUCCAGAAGAAGGUAGAGGCUGUCAUGGUGGAACUGAGUCUGAGUCAUGUGGCAGAUCAACUGAUUGGCAACUACAACUUUGGGGGAAUUUCCAGUGGUGAGCGGCGCCGGGUCUCCAUCGCAGCCCAGCUCCUCCAGGAUCCCAAGGUCAUGCUGUUUGACGAGCCAACCACAGGCCUGGACUGCAUGACGGCCAAUCAGAUUGUCGUCCUCCUCGCAGAGCUGGCCCGCAGGGAUCGCAUUGUAAUCCUCACCAUCCACCAACCCCGCUCCGAGCUCUUCCAGCUCUUCGACAAAAUCGCCAUCUUGAGCUGCGGAGAGCUGGUUUUCUGCGGCACACCAGGAGAAAUGCUUGAUUUCUUCAAUGGCUGCAGUUACCCUUGUCCUGAGCAUUCAAACCCUUUUGACUUUUAUAUGGAUCUGACGUCAGUGGAUACUCAAAGCAAAGAACGGGAAAUAGAAACCUAUAAGAGAGUCCAACUGAUUGAAUCUGCCUACAAGGAGUCAGCAAUUUAUCAUAAGACUUUGGAGAACAUUGAAAGAACAAAACACUUGAAAACAUUACCAAUGGUUCCUUUCAAAACCAAAGAUUCUCCUGGUGCUCUCGCUAAACUCGUUGUCCUCCUGAGGAGAGUGACAAGAAACUUGCUGAGGAAUAAGGUGGCAGUGGCUAUGCGCCUCACGCAGAAUCUGGUCAUGGGUUUGUUCAUCAUUUUCUUCCUGCUGCGGGUCCAGAAUGAUGUGUCGAAGGGUGCUAUCCAGGACCGAGUGGGCCUCCUCUACCAGUGUGUGGGCGCCACCCCAUACACAGGCAUGCUCAACGCGGUGACACUGUUCCCUGUGCUGCGAGCUAUCAGCGACCAGGAGAGUCAGGAUGGCCUGUACCAGAAGUGGCAGAUGCUGCUGGCCUAUGUGCUGCACGCCCUCCCCUUCAGUGUCCUUGGCAUCAUGAUUUUCAGCAGUGUGUGUUACUGGACUCUGGGCUUAUACCCUGAAGUUGCCAGGUUUGGAUAUUUCUCUUUGGCUCUCUUGGCCCCCCACUUGGUUGGUGAAUGUCUAACUCUUGUGCUACUUGGUAUCGUCCAAAACCCCAAUGUCGCCAACAGUGGAGUGGCUCUUUUGAGCAUUGCUGGAGUCCUUGUUGGAUCUGGACUCAUGAGAAACAUCGAAGAAAUGCCCAUUCCUUUAAAAAUCAUCAGUUAUUUUACAUUCCAAAAAUAUUGCUGUGAGAUUCUUGUAGUCAAUGAGUUCUAUGGACUGAAUUUCACUUGUGGCAGCUCAAACAAUUCUGUGACAAGUAAUCCAAUGUGCACCCUCACUCAAGGAAUUCAGAUCAUUGAGAGAACCGUCCCGGGUGCAACGUCCAGAUUUACAGCAAACUUUCUGAUUUUAUAUGCCUUUAUCCCGGCUCUUGUCAUCAUAGGAAUAGCUGUUUUUAAAAUAAGGGAUCAUUUCAUUAGCCGAUAG